AUGGAGAUGAUCAGUGCUGUGUCUGAUGCCAUGUGUGAGGCUGAGGACUGUGAGUCUGAACUUCAUCCAGUGGUUCUGCUCCAGUCGAGCUUGACCUUGAAAUCCCGGAAUGAGGACGCGGCACAGAUGUCCAUGGUGGCUGUGGCCAGCGCACCGAUGGCCUCCGCAGCCUCUGAGAUCCUGCAGAAGCUCUCCGAUGGCUUGGUGUCCAGCCCGCCGUUGAGGCGCUCGGCACCCCUCCUGAUCCUCACCGCUUUCAUGAUUCUUCUACUCCUUUGUUACGGCCUCCGCCAAUGUGUGAGGUCCAGCAGCUUCUUCCAGGGUCGGACAGAUCCCGCUCAGAGGCGGUCACAGAUGGGGAUCUACGGAAUCCUUUUCACUCAGACCUUGAAUGCUCUGGCCACCAUGGUGGUCUUGCCCACACUCCCGUUCUUCGCGAUGAAGUUGGGUGCCUCGGCACUGGAGGUGUCGUUGAUGAACUCCGCCUAUAAUCUGGCGCAGAUGUUUUGCUCACCUUUGAUGGGAGCGCUUUCAGACCGCUUUGGGCGGAAGCGAGUGAUGCUCUUGGGAAUUUUCACACAAAUGAUUUGCAAUCUCUUCAUGACUCGAGCCCAUACAUUGAUGUCUCUCAUGAUCACACGCAUGGCGGUGGGAGUUGCUUUAAGCACCGGGCCAGUGGAAAUGGCCUACAUCAUGGAUUUCUUGAAUACGGAAGAAGAGCUGAGCCGCGUUUUGGCGCUUCAACGUGUCAUGACGAGCGCUGGCGCAUUGGCAGGGCCUCUGGUGGCACGAAGCUUUGAUCGUCUACCCUUCAAUUCUCUCUGUGGCGGGGUGGUGGUGAUCAAUGUGAUCAACUUAAUCAUUGGGUUGUUGCUUUGGGAAGAUGUCAAAGAAAAGACCAAGACUCUGGCAGACAUGGACACGGCGGCUGCUGGCUUAAGUGAGACGAAUGGAAAUUCGGAAACGGAGAAGAGCUUCCCUCAAAGUGUGUACAUGAUGUUUUCGAACCAUUCAGCGUGUGCCUUGCUGGCGGUCUCCUUUGUCUAUGCCCUUGGCUUUGCAAUUGGUGAUGGGCCCGAGAUGGUAUUCUUCAAGGAGAGAUAUGGCUUUGGCAAAGACCAAGCGUGCAUUUUCUAUUUGCUGACGAACGUCUCCACCCUGGUGUGUUCCGCCCCUCGGCGACGUCCGCUGACCACCUUUGAACCUUUGACCUUAUGCAUCGCUGGCAGCUUGAGUGGUGCACUUUGCACUCUCCUAUUGGUGCUUGGGCCGGUGGCCUCCUGGGUCCCCUACGCCUUUGGCGUCAGCAUGGUCGGGCUGUCUGGUACGAUGAUUGGCAUGGGCUUCAUGCAUCUGGUCCGGGACCACUGUCCAGAGGAUUUGAUGGGAACGAUGCUGGGCAUCCAAAGCUCUUUGAACGGAGCUGCUGGGGCAUUGGCGCCCCCUCUCGGGGGCUUCCUCUACCGUUUGAACAUGUUCUUCCCCUUCCUUUGCACCUCUGCCGCCUGCGCUCUCACAGGUCUUUUGUACGAGACCACCCUGCAGAAGGAGGAACUGCCGGAAGAACCGAAGGUGAAGAAGGAGCCGACGGCGCCGGUCGUGCACAGGAAAUCCGCCAAGUUGAGGAGGACGUGGCAGACGCAUCUUCGGAGUGUUGGACACUCUCACAUCGCUUCUUGGAGCUUCUUGACUACAACACGUUGCUCUGAGUGUCUACGAGGGCUGGCUUUAGUCUCCUUCCUUCCCAGUUUGUCUCAUCAUAAGUGUUUUUUUUUGGAGAUUAUCAUGAUUCGGCCCCCCGAUGUUUUGGCCCCCCGAAUAUCACAGAGCUGUAGCAGCUGUGGAAGUUUUCUUCGGCUCCAUCAAAAGGUGGGACCUGACUGA